CAACUUCUUCUUCGCACGUUAUGUUAUUGGCUCCGAAAAAGCCGAAUGAUGUCCAAACAAUGAGAACCGGACAGAAGAAGAAGAAUAGUAAUGGUCUGAGUGCAGUGACUGUUAGGAGAUGGUCAACAAUGGCGAGAAGGCGAAGCAUCACAACAACGACGAUCUUCAUCUUCCUUCUCUCUCUAGUCGCCUUCGGAUCUUUUGCUCAUCUCCCUUCUUUCUCCUCACAUUCUUCCCACCCCAAGAAAGUGCAUGCUCAAAAAUUUGAGAUUGCUGAUGACAUGUUCUGGAAAGAUGGUAAACCUUUCCAAAUUAUUGGUGGGGACUUGCAUUAUUUCCGGGUUCUUCCUGAGUACUGGGAAGAUAGGCUCUUAAGGGCAAAGGCAUUAGGUUUGAACACCAUUCAGACUUAUGUUCCAUGGAAUCUGCAUGAACCAAAUCCGGGCCAAGUGGUUUUUGAGGGUAUUGCAGAUAUUGUAUCAUUCUUAAAACUCUGUCAGAAGCUGGAUUUCCUGGUUAUGCUUCGACCUGGGCCAUAUAUAUGUGCAGAGUGGGAUCUUGGGGGUUUCCCUGCUUGGUUACUUGCCAUACAACCAGCUCUCCGGCUAAGGUCAUCAGACCCUGCUUUCCUUAACUUCGUGGAAAGAUGGUGGGGAAGCCUACUUCCAAAAGUAACUCCUCUUCUUUAUGGGAAUGGAGGUCCUAUCAUCAUGGUUCAGAUUGAAAACGAGUAUGGUUCAUAUGGAAAUGACAAAGCUUAUCUUCAUUAUCUGGUCAAAUUAGCCAGAGGACACCUUGGAGAUGAUAUAAUUUUGUAUACUACAGAUGGAGGUUCUAGAGAAACUCUUGAGAAAGGAACGAUUCGUGGAGAUACUGUCUUUUCAGCUGUUGACUUCUCAACUGGUGAUGAUCCGUGGCCUAUCUUUAAGUUGCAAAAGGAGUUUAAUGCCCCGGGGAAAUCACCACCUCUUUCUGCGGAAUUCUAUACUGGUUGGCUUACACACUGGGGAGAGGAUAUUGCAAAGACAGAUGCUGAUUUUACAGCAGCUGCCCUUGAAAAGAUAUUGUCUCGGAAUGGUUCUGCUGUGCUUUAUAUGGCACAUGGUGGAACUAACUUUGGAUUUUAUAAUGGUGCAAAUACUGGUGCAAAUGAGUCUGAUUACAAGCCUGACCUUACUUCCUAUGAUUAUGAUGCACCUAUCAAGGAAUCUGGUGAUGUGGAUAAUGCAAAGUUCAAAGCAUUGCGGAAGGUUAUAAAUCAAUAUAAUGCGGCAUCUCUUUCUUCAGUUCCAUCCAAUAAUGAAAAGACAGGAUAUGGACUCAUCCAGUUACAAAAAACUUCAUUUUUAUUCGAUACAUUUUACAUCAAAGAUCAAAUUGACGUGGUUGAAUCUGAAAACCCAAUUUCAAUGGAGUCUGCAGGCCAGAUGUUUGGAUUUCUAUUAUAUGUAUCUGAAUACACUGCAAAAUACAAUGGAAGCAUUCUGUUUAUACCGAAGGUGCAUGAUAGGGCACAAGUAUUUAUUUCAUGCCCUUCUGAAGAGUAUGAUAGAAGACCAAGAUAUGUUGGCACAGUUGAGAGAUGGUCCAACAGACCACUCAGACUUCCCUACACUAAAUGUGUUUCGGACAUUAGCUUAUAUAUUUUGGUUGAAAACAUGGGUCGAGUUAACUAUGGACAAUAUAUGUUUGACAGGAAGGGUAUUUUAUCUUCUGUUUAUUUAGAUGGAAAGCUUCUACACGGGUGGAAAAUGUUUUCAGUUCCUUUUCACAAGCUAAAUGAGGUGCAGAAAAUCAAUCCGGUCAUUGAUGUUGCAUAUUCUGAGUUCACUAAAAUUCAUACCCGAAAAAAAUUGAAAGAUAGAUCCGGGAACUCGUCUAAAGAACCAGCUUUCUAUGCUGGUCGUUUUGUUAUUGACAAAAUAAACCAAAUUAAUGACACAUUCUUAUCAUUCCGUGGCUGGGGAAAAGGGAUUGCAUUUGUCAAUGAUUUCAAUAUAGGAAGAUUUUGGCCGUCAUUUGGACCACAGUGCAACCUUUAUGUUCCUGCCCCAGUCCUUAAGCAUGGCGAAAAUGUUGUGGUCAUACUUGAGUUGGAUUCUCCAAGCCAUGACCUUGUGAUUCGCUCAGUUGAUCAGCCCAAUUUCAUGUGUGGUUCAAGCAUUUCGAAGAUCCACAUGCUUUGACUGCACUCAUUUAUUGAAAUCCUCUGAGUGAUGCCUGAGGUUUGUUACAUCAUCAUUUGAACCUCCUACACUUUCUCCCUGCAUGAUUGCUUCCAAGAAAAGAGUGUGUUUCAGAUAUUGCCUUAAGGAGAACAACUAUGUGAUAGAGAAAACAGAAUGGAAACUUAAUAAAAUGACGGUGAAAAAAGAAAUGGUGAGAGAGUUGGGGCAAGAGGAACAAUUAUGGCUUUCUCUUGGCUGGAUUGCUUGAAGAAAAAGCAUCAGGGGAUUUUACAUGGCACUGCUUACAAUUUUCACAUAUGACUGCUUGUUUGCCAUCCAACUAAGCAGGGUCCUUCCAACUUUGAAAAAUAUGCAUGGUUGUUUGGCCAUAUCCUCCUGUUUGUUUUGUUUUUUCCUUCAUUUUCUUCUAUUUUUUUAUUUUGUAUUUAGUCGUGUCCUUUAAAUCCUCACAUUCAAUCACUCCAAGUCAAUAAUUUUUUCUCCA